AUGGUCGGAGGCAUCGAGACAGCUAGACGGAUGGCAGACAACGAGAGCGUCAGUACGGCAGUAAUGCACGCAACCCUGACGCCGACCAGACCUAUCUCCUCUGAGGAGCAACAAGCUAUUCAUGAUUUAAGAACAAUCUUACCACAGAUUGAUUGUUUAUCCGAUAACUAUGUCGUAAGAUGGUUAAGAAGCCGUGAACAUCGUUUUGAUGAGACAGCUGAAGGAUUAAAAAAGCACGUCGUCUUCCGUAAAGCCUGGGAAUUGGAUGAAAUUGAGAAUUGGAAAGCUCCCGAGUGCUUGGAAAAAUACUGUGGUUAUGGAUUUUUGCCCGACAAAGACGGAUGUCCUAUUCUCAUGUCCUUACUUGGAAAUACUGAUGUUGAAGGACUCGUAAAGUCGGUUGCAUCACUUGAUUACAUCAAGUUCUCAUUGAUGGCCAUCGAAAAAGGACUUCAGCUCUGUGAAAUGAGAGCUAAACAAACUGGCAGACCAUUCGAGCAGAUGAUGCUCGUCUUCGAUUUGGACCAUAUCAGCUCUGCUCACUUCUCUUCAAAGCAAUUUGCUUCUACUUUCACCACACUCGUCACUCUCUUCCAAGAACACUAUCCAAUGGUGUUGAGAAAAAUCUUGAUCAUUAGAGCUCCAGAAAUGGCUCGUAUUGCUUACGCCUCCAUUACUGCUAUUCUCAGCGAUCCAAUCAGUCGUCUUAUCGAAAUGCCUUCUGAGGCUGACUGGAAAUGGGCUUUAGCUCAAUAUGUCGAUCUGGAUGCUUGGCCAAUGCAUUGGGGCGGAAGCAGAAUCGAGAACGGAGAUCCAAAAUGUCCUUCAAUCAUCAAAUAUGGAAUCGGGCCGAUCCCAGAAGAUUAUUUCGUCGAUUCCAAGUAUGCCAUGCCUGAUUAUGACCAACUUACAACUGUCUACGCUGGAGAUAAGCACUUGAUUUCAAUCAAGAUCACCGAGCCUAGCAAGAUCUGCUGGCAAUACAUGACGGAAGAAGAUGACAUUGGCUUUGAAAUUCAUUACGAUCCAUCUAGUAAAGCCGAUAACUUAACCGAAAUGGAAACAGUCUUCCCAUACAUCAGACUGGAAUGCACUAAUGUGCCUGUGAGUGGUCAUUAUGUAGCUGAGAAAGCCGGAAACUAUGUGAUAGAAUUCGACAACUACUAUUCAUGGUUUUCAGCUAAGCAACUUCGAUACAACAUCGAAAUCGAAGAAAUCUAA